UCUGAAAAAUGCAAAGUCUAGAAAUAGUUUUCACAAAGUUGUGCUUUAAAUAUGAAGCAUCUUGGUUUAUUUUCUUCUAGUCAUUUAAAAUGUGCCGGGAAUUUGCCCAUAAAAACUGGCUUCUGUUCUACAGAGAAGACAGCAAUCGGCUGGAUGUGUUGGAUGUUCUGGAAGGCCGGCUCCACACGAUCUCCCUGCCCAUAAAGCUUAAAGCCGUCUUCCUGGUAGCUGAGGACCGAUGGCUGAUCAUCGAGAACAAGACUGACAAGAAGUUCCUGUUAACCAAGCCUAUGCACAUGGGAGCAGAGGAUUCUGGGAUUUGUCAGCUGCACGCUGUCACUGAGGAUGCUGUCAGCACUGGUUUUGGGAUGACCUCAGGGGUAGAAAGGGAUAUUCCACAAGAAAUAUCCAGUGACCAACUGCCCUCUGAGAAUCUGAGUUCAGCUCUGGGACAGAAAAUAUCCUCUCCCAAUCGAGUGCUUUGUGAUGCCAACUCCUUCGCUACUCUAAUAGUGGGCUUCCCUGACCUCAUGUCGCCCAGUGAAACCUACAGCUUUAAGAGACAGUCACCCCUGGGCACUGAGACGGGGGCAGACAUGUUCUUCGGUGGGAGUCGCCGUUCAGGACCAGCCAAGAGGGUGAAUUGCGUGACCCUUCUGGGAGCCAAUCAGGUGGUGCGGGCCCUGCCCCCGGGAGACGUACCGCUGUCUGACAUCUACCCCAAAGAUGUCACUCCCCCAAUGACUGCUGCCUAUUUGGAAGUGACAGACCUUAACUCCAAGAAGGUCAAGUACAUUCCAGUUCCAAGGUCCAUGACACUCUCUCCCUACACCAGCUGGUUGUCCAAGGUGUCUGACACGGAUGUACUCCUGGCUCCAAUGGGUAACGCUGGAGUUGUGACAGUGGACAUGGGCGGCUGUCUCCGGCUUUGGGAAACCGGGCUGGACAACUUACAGCGCUCCCUGCUGGAGUGGAGGCGCAUGAUCGGCACCGAAGAUGGCAGGCCAGUGCAGAUUACCAUUCAGAGGGACAGCGGGUUGGACGUGAGCUCCCCAAAGCACGGCAAGGUCGACCCCAGAAAUGCCCCCCACGUAGGAGGGAACCAGUGGGCGGGAGGCACAGGGGGCAGAGACACGGCAGGACUCGGGGGGAUGGGUGGCCCUUAUCGGCUGGAUGCCGGCCACACGGUGUUCCAGGUGUCAGAGGCCGAGAAAGACGCUGUUCCGGAGGAGGUGAAGAGGGCGGCACGAGAGAUGGCCCAGAAGGCUUUUAAAGAAAGGCUGAAGGAGAUCCAGAUGAGUGAGUACGACGCAGCAACAUACGAGCGCUUCUCGGGGGCGGUCCGGCGGCAAGUCCAGUCUUUGCGGAUCAUCUUGGACAGUCUGCAGUAUGACAUUGUGGGCCAUUCGGGUGACGGAUUUGACAUUGAGCUCGUAAAAAGUGACAAGAGCCCCAAGAACAACAAAGACAGACUGAAGGUGCUCAAGCAUAAAAUCUAG